CCAAUCAGUUUCAUACUUGAGCGCUUUUAUCCCGCCCCUAGACGGUAGCCAUUGAAUCGAAUCGGAGGAGUUUCGACUUCGUUGUGGCGCCGUUGGCAAGCUAGUACACUGGAGCAAAAAUGGUCAAGAUCUUCAUUGGGAACCUGUCUCAGCACACUGAGAAGGAGGACAUUGAAGCUCUAUUUACCCAAUAUGGCACCGUGACAGAAUGUGCCAAGUACAAAAACUAUGCUUUUGUCCAUAUGGAAGACCGCAAGUCCGCCACUAAAGCCAUCCGUGAGCUCCAUCUCCAUAAGCUGAAUGGCAGACCAAUAAAUGUGGAGCCCAGCAGAGGGAAAGACCAGCACCCUGUGAAGCUUCACAUCGCCAACGUAGAAAAGGGCUUCGAUGAUGAGCUCCGUGCCCUGUUUGAAGAGUAUGGCACAGUCAGAGAGUGCGCCAUUGUGAAGAACUUCGCCUUUGUACACAUGGACAGUUCUGAUGAAGCCAUGGAUGCCAUAAAGGGCCUGGAUAACACAGAGUUUCAAGGAAAGCGCAUACAUGUUCAGAUAUCAAAAAGCAGACCCAGAGAGGAGGAGGAGUAUCCGCAUCCUCCGCCAGGCAGAGGAGGCUAUUAUCCUCCCCGCUUCCCUGGGGAGAGGCCCGAGCAUCCUUACAGAGAGCGCAUGUCCGCUUAUGCACCUCUGCCUCCGCCGCCCCCUCCCCCGAGACGGCCAUCGUAUCCCGACCGUGGCUAUGGCGAGCGCGAUGCCUACGGGAUGGUCGAUUUCUAUGAGAAAUACAGAGCCCGUCCUUACAGCAUGGCAGGCUACGAUGGCAGGCGUUCCAGUGACCCCCCUCCUCCGCCUCCCCCCUCUGCACUGGUUAGAGAACGUCUCGGCAUGGGUCCCCCUGACCCAUACGACCGCCGUCCGCUCCCUCCCCCUCCUCCGUCCUACAUGGCCAGGGAUCGAAGCCCCAUCAGACGAGCCCCACCUCCACCCGCUCCGUCAGCUGGUAACGGGUACUCCUACGAGCGGUCCCGGCUGUCCCCGCUGUCCAGGGCUCCAAUGUACGCUCCUCCGAUGUACGGAGCUCCUCGCCCAAGGGACUCCUUCUCAGAGAGAGGGCCGCCGCCGCCACCACCACGAUAUGCGCCCUAUUAGGCACACAAGUGUAAUUCAAGGUUGUUAGUGUCAAUGCUGGAGAUGCCAGCUCAUGGUAAGUCAUCCUCGGAAGGAAGGUGUGCGGCAUCCUGUAGAAGAGAGGUGUGUAUCUUUUAAACUUUACUACACAAUGCUACUUACUUACAAUGCUACUUGCAAUUAAUAGUCUUAUGUCUCCCUCUUGUGUUAUUUCAUUCAUACUGCAGUUUUCCCAUACAUUAGAAAAAAAUCUAUCUUUAAAGUUGUUGGAAGCCUUGACAUUUGUAUUUAAUACACUCCAAUUGUGCAUCUUGCCAAAAUGUUCAAGUGAGCUCAAAGG